AUGUUUCCUUUACAACGAGGCAAUGAGCUGGUUAUUGAGUUUUCUAAUAGCCCCCACCAGCAGCAACACAAGAUCUCCCAAGAUCUGAUUCUGGAUGAUUAUGCUUCUCUGGAUGUCAAUGUUUCUGACAAAAAUUUCCCCAGAAGCCAACCAAAGAAUCUUUUCUAUGAGGCAAAUAAAAAGAAUCAUGACUCUAACGAACAUAAGAAGAAGAUGAUUCACAAGGAGAUUGAAAGGCAAAGGAGACAAGAAAUGGCUACCUGCUAUGCCUCUCUUAGAUCCCUUCUCCCUCUUGAGUUCAUCAAGGGAAAGCGUUCAAUAUCUGACCACAUGAACGAGGCAGUGAAUUACAUAAAGCACAUGCAGAACAAUAUCAAAGAGCUUGGUGCCAAGAGAGAUGAACUGAAGAAAUUCAAUAACCGCAAUUUCGAAAAUAGCCACGAGGACUUGCAUACAUCUUGCAGCUUCACUGUCCACGAGAAUAAUGGUGUUAUAGGAAUUGAAAUCACCGGUGGCUUGAGAGAGGAAAAGCCUAAAGUUUCAAAGUUACUACAAUUCCUGACUCAAGAAGGUCUUGAAGUUGUUAGUUACCUUUCAUCAGAAGUCAACGGUAGAUUGCUCCACAGUGUGCAGUGUGAGGUUAACAAUUCCUACACUGUAGAUCUAUAUCAGCUGAGAAAUAAAGUUUCCAAAGCAUUUCCAGCAUUUAGAUGUUCUGAUAAACUUUAUGGUUGA